CGGAAACAGUGUUUUCCCAGGAUGGAGGUUGUGAAACCGCUCCAUUCCCAAGCCUAUGACCGGAAGAAACGGGCCGUCAGGCGGAAACGGAAAUAAAUUAUUGCAAGAUGGUGUACGUGUCCAACGGACAAGUAGUUGAUAGCCGGAGUCAAGCACCAUGGAGUUUGUCAUCAAUAAUUCGUUUUUUCUGGGGAAUAGUGGAGUUUAUUUCCUUUUUCUUUAGGACAUUAUUCAACCCAGCUGGAGCUGAAUAUAAAAGAACUGGAAGUCAAUCAUCCUGGGGUAGACCCGACGAUGGAAGAGGCCCUCCAGGAGUUCCACGGAGAAAGAUGGGCCGAAUAAACCAUGGUGGAGGAGGUCCUGCACCACCACCGAUGUCUGGAGGAUGAGGAAGGUAAACGCCUGCUUUCCAAAGCAGGCAGUUGGACGUGCGUUCACAAAGUGAUGUGCAAGAAUGCCAAGAAGAUAGGAAAAUUGGAAAGACCACUUUGUAGAAGUGAUGUGAAUGUGCUUGUCCACCCAGAAGAGUUGCUCAGUGUUAGACACGCUGAUUAAUGAUGUUGUGCUUGGAAUACCUGAAUUUAUAGGCACUGGCACAAUUGAAAAGCAACUGUGCAACGUCUUUGAGUUUAAUAAAAUUGACUUUUCGAGCAUUC